AUAGCGGGCCGUUAGCUUUAUUUUUCUAUUGUUUAAAUGAUUCCAUGGAACUUUUUCUCCUCCCUUCCACUUCAAGGAUUUUCAACUUGCCAGUGUCAAGGUAUGGGUAUGUCGAAUAUAUGCUCGAUCAGCAGUCUCAAAAUAAGCCGAUAGUUAGGCCUUUUGUGGAUAAAGCUCAUCCUUUUCACACAAAGAGAUAUUUCAUCUAAAGUGUACGUUUCUUUUACCGCUUGAUCUAGCUAGGCCCCGUGUUUCCAGAUAUGCCCUCGUCGUCCUUCUCCACUGUGUAAGAGACUCACGGCCGUUCAAGGAGCCCCCGUGGUAUCUUUCCGUGUUCUUCUGAUAUCCCCUGAUUAGACUGGUAUCGGCGACAAUUGUUUAGUCUCUUUUGAAGUUGUUAGCGAUACUUGAGUUUGUAUAAGAUGAGGAGGGAUUCCUUCGAUUUUACUCUUCAUUCAACUCAUUUCUCAUCUUCCCAAUACAGCAGGCUGUGCCUCUUCACUUCAAUUAUCUUUUACUUUCUAUUUUCAUCGGGUUAUCGACACCAUUAUUUUCUAUAAAACAAAACUUUACCUUACCUUUGAACGUUGUCCCAAUUUUCCACAAAUUGUCAUCAUGUACACUCCAUCUAUUCUCAUUGGCCUCCUCGCCCUCAGUCCUCUUGUGGUCGCUCACGGGAAGAUUGCCGUUCUUACCGGAGACCUUGGGGGAAACGGUACUGCUUUGGGCAUUAAAGGAGCUGUUGUUCCAGGCGCAGGAUCAAACUCAAAAACAGAGGUUGAUACUACUGUCUUCAACAUUGGCAAUGAUAAUUGUGGACGAACCGAGGUAAAUCAUAGCUUCCACUUCCGGUGUUGAAGUUUGACUGACAGUUCGUAGGCUGGGGGAAGAAAUCAAGCAGAGACCGGUGUCACCAAGGCGAUGGCUCUUUCGGGUAGCACACUUCCACAAAUCAGUACCGAUAAUGCUUCUAUCUCGGGGACUUUCCACAUAGUGACUUCUGAUGGUGCAGGUGUAUGUAUAUAAUUUUCCUUGACACAAAAAUCACAACCGCUAACAUUGGAAACAGCCUCUCACGGCCAUGGUCGACACUACCGGAAAGGGGGAUUUUUCUCAAGCCGUCAAGGCCGAGGUUACUACCCAAAUUCCAGGUGUGAAUGGUAAUAUCAGAAAGAGCAAACAAACAAGAUGGAACCGAGUUUUGAGAAGUGUUGGUUUGACGAAGAGAGCCACUAAUAUCAAUGAGAAUUUCGUAAGUAAUUCCCACCCAUUCAUCGUCCAAUAUCUGCUAAUAAAUUCGAUAGCCUUUCAGUGUAGCCAUUCCGGCUGGAACAACUUGUACCGGCACAGUAGCAGGCCAGUCUAACGUCUGUAUGGUUAAAAUUGUGAACCCAUCCAAUGCAGGACCUUUCGGUGGAUGCGUUGCUGUUCAACAAUCUACAGGGACGAAUAGCACAGCUGCCAGUGGGAAAAAGGUGAAGCCUGUCAAGUUCUCGGUUUAAAUGUCAAUUGACAUCGUACCACAAAUUCGCUAUCUUAUCAAGAUCAGAAUCUUUGGAAGAAAUCGGGAGUGGAGCUGGCUCUACCCCGGAUUAAUCAGUUAGAGAGAGAUAAAGUUUGGGGGCGGGGAAUGUCCCAUUAAGGUUGUAAGAUCUUACAAUUGAAGUCAGAUGAGGAAUCUCACAUAUAUGAAUCGAUGUGUCAAUGGAAUGAUCCUUCUCU